AUGAGAUUCAUAGCCGUCAACCUUGUGAUGAAAAUGGUGGACCAGAUUUUUUCCGCCAAUUCAGGACUCUAUCACCUUCUCAAUUCAUUACGCCACACCGUCUCACAACCAACAUUUACCGAACACAACGCACCAGUACGCAAUGCGAAGCGUCGACUACUACAAUCACCUGCAAGCCCACCAUUCGACGUAAAUGAUGGAUCGGAUUUCUUCAAUCCGAUUGGUACGUCAACACCCUACUUUAAUCCGACUUAUACGUCAACACCAUGUAAACCAACAUUUGCCGAACACCCAGCACCAGUACGUAAUGUUAAGCGACGACUAUUUUAA